AUGGGAUUGCCGCUCAGGAUGAAUAACAUACACGCUCCCACGGUGCCUUCGGGCCCGAGUACCAACGCCUCAACCAAUGGCCAUUUCAACCGCUUGACCUUUGCUGAGCUACAGAGAAAGAAGGACGACACGGAGGCUGAGCUCAAAGCUUUGGGCGCAGUACUCGAUUCUCACGGAGUCGACAUGAACACUCCUCUCACCACUCGAGAUGGAUUUCCACGGGCCGAUAUCGACGUUGCGCAAGUGCGCACCACCAGAGCCCGCAUCAUCCACCUUCGCAACGACUACAAAGAUCUCAUGGCUCUGGUUGAAAAGCAUCUCCAUGAGCACUUCGCCAGUCUUCAAGAGAACGACGAAGUUCAGAUCUCACCUUCGACGGGCAAUGCCGGCUUGCUCGCGGGCCAUUCCCCGGCCCAGCCGCUGCAGGAGCCUUUCGCCAAGGUCAACAGCGUUGUGCCUGGGGGCCCGGCCGACACCGCUGGCUUGAAGCCGCAGGACGAGAUUCGCAACUUUGGUUACGUCAAUUGUUCUAACCACGACAAUCUUAAGAAGGUGGCCGAAUGUGUGCAAGGAAACGAAGGUCAACCAUUGCUGGUGCGUGUUUCGCGUCCUGGUUCAAGCUUGCGACAGGAACUGCAGCUUACUCUGAUUCCGACGCGCAACUGGGGCGGCAGAGUCGGUGACGAUUUCUACACGUCAAACGCCAACAGCCCGUUUUCGCUGUCUCUCUACGGUAAGCCUCGCUCGCUCCCACGGCAUAUCUGCCACCCUCCCGCCCAGUGCCUCAUUUCGACCGUCUUCGACCGAUACGAUUUUCUCUUGUUUGCGCCGACUGCUAACCCCUCGAUCAGCCCCGCUUGGUUAUAUCAGACUCGCACCGAGCCAAAUCAUCGAGCGAUCGCAAACAUGGCUGCCGCUCAGCAGACACCCACCUUCAAGCUCGUCCUUGUCGGCGAUGGUGGUACCGGAAAGACCACCUUCGUCAAGCGCCACCUGACUGGUGAGUUCGAGAAGAAGUAUAUGGCUACUUUGGGUGUUGAGGUUCACCCUCUUGGCUUCACCACCAACUUCGGUCAGAUCCAGUUCGACGUCUGGGAUACCGCUGGCCAGGAGAAAUUCGGUGGUCUCCGUGACGGAUACUACAUCAACGGCCAGUGCGGUAUCAUCAUGUUCGACGUUACCUCCCGCAUCACCUACAAGAACGUUCCCAACUGGCACCGCGAUCUCGUCCGCGUUUGCGAGAACAUCCCCAUUGUCCUCUGCGGCAACAAGGUCGACGUGAAGGAGCGCAAGGUCAAGGCCAAGACCAUCACCUUCCACCGCAAGAAGAACCUCCAGUACUACGACAUUUCGGCCAAGUCCAACUACAACUUCGAGAAGCCCUUCCUUUGGCUUGCGCGCAAGCUCGUCGGCAACCCCGCUCUGGAAUUCGUUGCCGCGCCGGCUCUGGCCCCUCCUACCGCCCAGGUCGACGAAAAGCUCCUCGAGCAGUACCGCAAGGAGAUGGACGAGGCUGCCAACAUGCCCCUGCCCGGCGAGCUCUCUGACGAGGAUUUGUAA